GGGGGCGGGAGGGGGGUGGGGGAUCCGGAGGCGCCCGUGCCCGGGAAUCUGGGAGGGCCCGGAGCGGCGCCAGGCGGCUCGCCUCGCCACAACUUGCCCAGAACACACAGGCCUCACCCUGCGCCCUGGAAGAAGGAGCCGGCCCACUGCUUCCCUCUUGGCUGCUCCUCGGCCUCCGCGGGCCCGCCUGCGCCAGCAGCACCCCUGGAAUCUGCGUCCCCAGCCUUGCCCCCGUCCGCCUGCAGCGCCCGGCGCCCGCCCAGGAGCGCGCCGGCUGGGGUUCUGGGGAUAUAACGGUGAGCAAGAGAGACCACCGUCCUUGUUCCCGCGGAUCCUGCAGCCCAGUGGAUGGAGUCCACGGUACCUAGACCUGCCAGGAAAGACAGAAAUUUUCCUGAUGGUUGGUCCAAACAGGGACUCCCUGGUGGACUGAGGGAUGGCUGGCUUUUCCUCAGUUCCUGCAUCUCAGGCAGCCCCCAGAAGACCUGGAGAAUGAGAGGCCUGAGGUCUACAGGUUGCUGCUAGAAAUAUUUUAGCCCCUCCAGAAAACAGAAUGCAGCUGCUGCACAAGUUUGUAAGGACUCUGGGCGCCCGCUGACCGCGCGCUGGCCGCCUCGCACUUCGCUCCAGGUGCCCGCCCGGGGCGCUGCCAUAGCAACGGCCUGGACGCCCAGACCUUAGGCCGCCGCCGCCGCCGGGACCCGGCCUUCUCCCGCUCCCGAGGGGUGGGGCGGCGGCGGCCCGGGCCGGGAAGACGGGACUGCCCCCUCCCCCGAUGCCAGCGGAGGCGGCGGAUUUGCUUCCAAGCAUGCCCUUUCAGAAGCACGUCUACUACCCGCUCGCCGCCGCCGGCGGCCUGGAGGCACCCGACGCCUCCGCAGCGGCCGCGGCGGGCGGGGCCGCCAUGGCCUGUGGCCCCCCCAGCGCGGCGUCGGGCCCCCUGCCCUUCUUCCAGUUCCGCCCGCGGCUGGAGAGUGUGGACUGGCGGCGGCUGAGCGCCAUCGACGUGGACAAGGUGGCGGGCGCCGUGGACGUCCUCACGCUGCAGGAGAACAUCAUGAACAUCACCUUCUGCAAGCUGGAGGACGAGAAGUGCCCUCACUGCCAGUCGGGCGUGGACCCGGUGCUGCUGAAGCUCAUCCGCUUGGCGCAGCUCACCAUCGAGUACCUGCUGCACUCGCAGGAGUUCCUCACCUCGCAGCUGCACGGCCUGGAAGAGCGGCUGCGCCGGAGCCUGGCCGAAGGCGAGCACAGCAAGAAGCUCCUCACCAAGCAGGCCGGCGAGAUCAAGCUGCUCAAGGAAGAGUGUAAACGCAGGAAGAAGUUGAUCUCCACCCAGCAGCUGAUGAUCGAGGCCAAAGCCAGCUAUUACCAGUGUCAUUUUUGUGACAAGGCCUUUAUGAACCAAGCUUUCCUACAAAGUCAUAUUCAGCGCCGUCACCCUGAAGAUUCGCAUCUUGAGUAUAAGGCAAGGGCUCAGACGGACAAGCUCCAAAGUGAGAUCGACAUGUUGAAGGAGCAGCUGCAGCUCACCAAGUCUCAGCUAGAGGCUGCACAGCAUGCCCACGCAGUCAGGCUCUCUAAGGAAUAUGAAAUGCAGAAAACAAAAGAGGAAGAAUUUCUGAAGUUAUUCGAUAGAUGGAAAGAAGAAGAAAAGGAGAAACUAGUUGAUGAAAUGGAAAAAGUCAAGGAAAUGUUUAUGAAGGAGUUUAAAGAACUGACUUCUAAGAACUCAGCAUUAGAAUAUCAAUUGUCAGAAAUCCAGAAGUCCAAUAUGCAGAUCAAGUCUAACAUAGGCACGCUAAAAGAUGCGCAUGAGUUUAAAGAAGAGCGUCCACAGCAUCCCCAGGAUUUCCAAAAUGUGAUGCAGCUACUUGACAAUCAGGAAAGCAAGUGGACAGCUCGUGUUCAGGCUCUUCAUCAAGAACACAAGAAAGAAAAGAGCCGGCUCCUGUCACAUAUAGAGAAACUUCGAACUUCAAUGAUAGACGAUCUAAAUGCAAGUAAUGUCUUCUAUAAGAAAAGGAUAGAAGAACUAGGGCAGAGGCUCCAGGAACAGAACGAGCUGAUCAUCACUCAGAGACAGCAGAUUAAAGAGUUCACCAGUAAACCGUUAAACAGUGUCAGUGAACCCAAAGGGAAUCUUUUAACCUGGCAAACUUUUGAAUCUAAGCCAACUGCCCCAACUGUACCAAUGAAUGCCCCAGCCCCCCAGACACUGGAUGCGAAGUCGAGUCUAACAAUGGCACAUGAACAGGCAUUCUCAUCGCACAUACUGGAACCAAUAGAAGAACUUUCAGAGGAAGAAAAAGGAAGAGAAAAUGAACAGAAAUUAAAUGACAACAAGAUACAUAUAAGGAAAACUUUGAAGAAUAACCCUUCUCUCACUAAGGAAAUAAGAACCGUCUUGGAGCAGAGUUUGGUGGAGAAACUGGAAACCUUGGGAAUUAAUGCAGAUAUACGUGGUAUUCCAAGCGAUCACUUGAAUAGAGUGCUAAGAACUGUAGAAUCAACAAGACAUGAGCGAGAAAGACAAAUACCUAACAUUCAGCAAAUUCGAGAAUUCCUUGAACAUCAGGUCAGCUGUAAAAUUGAAGAGAGAACACUGCUGUCCACAGACAGGUAUGGUGCUUCUCAAAUGGACACCCUUUCAACUGGAGAACUACCCAAAGCAAUACACCUUCCUCCCAAAAGCAGACAGCUGAUUAGACAAAGACCUGUUUUUUCUGAUAGAACAUCUGUUCCAAAAGUUAAGAAAAAUGCCACAGAAGAUCAUUUUCCCAGGAGGUCUUCCACUAUUGUGACUCCUCCCUUCAGUUCCGAGGAGGAGCUGGAUGCUGACGACCUCAUCCAGGCGUUCACUUCCCCAGAUGUACUUCCUGUGCUGUCGUCUAAAAGCAACAAGAGUAGUUUUGGAAAGAGCGCUGUCGUCAAAAGCGACACUGAUUGGACCGAGGGAAGUGAAAUUGAGGACUCUGAUAUUUCCCCCAAGCCCACAGGAACCUCCAUUAAAACAUUAACUGGAAAAGUUGAAAAGACGGUUUCAAAUCACAGAAAUAUGAAUAAGCCAGUUGGUGGAAUUAAUGUUGCUGACACGUUCAUCAAAAAAGAACUAAAAGAAGAUCUAAAGUGUACAGAUGUGGACGACGAUGACUGGGACAUAUCAUCCUUAGAGGAAGACAGAUCUAUAGGGAGAAAAGCUGGGAGAGAACAGAAGGAACCUCCUCCACCUGUGAAGAAUGAGUCAAAUUCUACUCAAGUGCCAAAUGCCUGGGGUGCAGCUAACCCGAAAGGACCAAAGGGAGAAGGACCUCAGGAUGAGUCCAGUACACUAAAAAGCAGCUUAGUAACUGUGACUGAAUGGAGCGACUCUUCAGACGUGUAACCGUCACCCUGUGCGUCAGGAGGUCCGUCCAGACUUCAGCAGUAUUUGGUAUCGUGCUAUUUCAGCACUGCCUACGCAACUAUGAUUGUCCUGCCUGACAGUAUCUCCUGCAAUAACAAGGAAACCGGCUCUCAGAGAACAAGAGUCUCUUUAAUGGCACCUAACACAGUGUUAAAAACACAUACACACAAAUUGUCAACAGUAUUUUGAAGCAUAUAAAGGUGUUUAAGAAUGCUGCUGCUGCUUAAAAAUAAUGUGUCAACCGAAGUCAUAAAAAGUUUUUUCUUCAGAACAGUA